CAGAACAGCGGAGAGGGUAACUGGCUUCAGCAGCGCGUCUGAGGCAGUCUGUCAGAGGUCGUUCGUUCCGUGUAGGAGAAAAAGCAGAGAAAGGACAACAUGGCUUGGUGGAAGGCUUGGAAUGAACAAAAUGGUGUCACCGUGAAAGGCAGCUCUUACUUUAAUCCAGACCCAGAUGCUGAAACGCUCUACAAGGCCAUGAAGGGAAUCGGAACUGAUGAACAAGCUAUAAUUGAUGUCCUCACCGGGAGAAACAAUGCCCAGCGGCAACAAAUUGCCAAGUCAUUCAAGAAUCAAUAUGGAAAGGAUCUCACUGAAACCUUGAAAUCUGAGCUGAGCGGCAAGUUUGAGAGAUUGAUCGUAGCUCUCAUGUAUCCACCAUAUAAAUUUGAAGCCAAGGAACUGCAUGAUGCAAUGAAGGGUCUAGGUACCAAAGAAGGGGUCAUCAUUGAAAUCCUGGCAUCACGUACCAAAGCACAACUGAGGGAGAUCAUGAAGGCUUAUGAAGAAGAAUAUGGUUCCAAUCUGGAAGAGGACAUUAAGUCAGACACGAGUGGAUAUUUGGAGAGGAUCUUAGUGUGCCUUCUUCAGGGCAGCAGAGAUGAUGUGACUGGCUAUGUGGAUCCUGGCUUGGCUGUCCAGGAUGCCCAGGUACUCUAUGCUGCUGGUGAAAAGAUACAAGGGACUGAUGAGAUGAAGUUUAUCACCAUUCUGUGCACCCGAAGUGCUACCCAUUUGAUAAGAGUGUUUGAGGAAUACCAGAAAAUUGCCAAUAAGAGCAUCGAAGACAGCAUCAGGAGUGAGACCCAUGGCUCUCUGGAGGAGGCCAUGCUGACUGUGGUGAAGUGCACCAAGAACAUCCACAGUUACUUUGCCGAGAGACUCUACUAUUCGAUGAAGGGAGCAGGGACCCGUGACGGGACCCUCAUAAGGAAUAUCGUUUCGAGGAGUGAAAUUGACUUAAACCUCAUCAAAUGUGAGUUCAAGAAGCUGUACGGUCAGACCCUCUCCAGUAUGAUCAUGGGAGACACGAGCGGAGACUAUAAGCAAGCCCUGCUGACCCUCUGUGGGACGGACUCCUGAAGGACUUUGGAAGCCAAAGAUGAAGAUAAAAGCCAGACCACAGGCCAAUGAGAGAGGAAAUAAGUCACUGGGCUUUCAUUUUUAAUAUUUCUAUUUUCUUUUAUUUCUCUCCAAACCCCAAGCCUUUUAAGACGAUACCUUAACCAGUAUGGAACCAACCCAAAUGGAAGUAUCUUACCACUUAGUUCUAGAUCCAGGCAAAGCCAGAAGACAGCAUAAACAAAGGAAAUAAAGCUUCAGGGAACAACUCAAAAGAAAUUCUGCUCAAUGUCCUGCAGAUAUAGUAGUUUCACAGCAACUUGGGUUUUUUUUCCUAUUAAUGGGAGUUAUCUUGGAGGAAAUACUCAACCCAGGCAUUUAGGAGCAAAAUUUGAUUGGGACAGCACCAAAAUAGGACUUAAUAAUGGUAACAGUAAUCCCUGAAUUUAUUGAGCACUUACUGUGUACUAAGCAUUGAGGUAGGCGCAAAAUCAUCACACCAGACACAACCUCUGACUCACAUGGGACACCUUCAAAUUUCUUUCCAUAGCUUGAGUAUUUUUGAACUUCUCCCUAGAAAUACAACCCUUUAUGGAAAAAAUGAGGCAAAAUGAGGUUUCUAUGACUUCCGAAGAAAACAUUCAGAGACACUCAGUGGUCUCCAGUUCCUUGCUGGUCCAGAGCAAUGGAGUAAAUCUUAAUUACUGAGAGUAAUUGUGUUUAUGACUUCACAUCAGGGUGAGCUGGCUGCCUGGGGAAGCUGUAAUUUCUUUAUUGUGGUUUUCAGGCUAAUAAAGAUUUAUACAUUAAAACA